AUGCACAGCUUCCAAAGCAACUUGCUCACUUCGCGGGCAUCCAGCGCUUUUGACUUGCUGGAUUGGCGAUUGUUGGACAGGGCCUUAUCCUCCGCAGGUGUUCCCUUGGAGCUCAACAACCAGAUUCUAUCAUGGUAUGCGGAAAUCACUUAUGUGAUCACCCACCUAGGUCUGACCGCAAGAGUCCAAGCCCAACAAGGACUGAGACAAGGAUGUAAGCUAGCCCCGUUGCUCUGGAUACUAUCCCUGGCGCAGAUCUAUCGGGACCUACAGGCCAAAGACGACCCUCUCCUCAACCAUGACUGGCUGUGUUGCAACUCCACGAUGUACGCUGACGACAUCCACCUCAAGGACACGAUGUGCUCUGUACUUGAGCUAGAUCGUAUGGUCCAUAGGUUCUGUUCCAUUCUGGAUGCCCUCCGGGCCAAUGGUAUGGUAAUCAACCUUGCCAAGUCUGCGAUACUACUUCGGCAUAGAGGAAGCUUUAUUAAAGGCUGGUUGCGUAGACACCUGAUCCAGAAGAAGGAUGGCAAUGUGCUUCGACUUCGGAGUUCGGAGGGAUAUGUGUAUGAAAUCCCGAUUAGGGAGCAACACACAUACCUCGGCAUCAAGAUAUCAUAUCACUCCCCCUCACGAUGUGCUGUUGCGAGUCGACUUCAAGCCGCGAACCAAGCAUGGCAAAGAUUGAGAGGGGUCUUGUGCUCCACUAGGCACCUGGCACUGUCCGAACGGCUCCAGCUGUCGCGGCGCACGACGGUGCUCCCAACCCUGCUCUAUGGAAUUGCUGCCUCAAGCCUAGAGGACAAGGACAUACAAAAGAUGCAGCAUAUGAUCACCAAGCACCUUCGGGCUAUCACAAAGCCCUACUUUCUAGAUGUUCGCAGUCCACAGCUCUUGAAUGCCUUCAACGCGAGGCACAUGUCCUGCACAGCACUGCCAGCCAGACAGACAGCUGCCACCCUCCAUGCACAAGUUCAGCAGCAGUGGACAAAACCAGAGGAAGCAGACUGCGAUACCUAUGCAGCCCAUCAAUGUGCGGAGUGCCACAGGACCUUCAAGUCCUUCCGGCUUCUUCGCUCACACGAGGCCACUCACCGUGCCAAGAAAACACCCGCCCCCACGGCUGGCUCUUUCAACAGGUACGACCAUGGACUGGAGGGCCUGCCCACCUGCAGGCAUUGUCGGCAUGCAUUUCGACAAUGGGAUGGACUUGUGAAGCAUAUCAAGCGAAACCGAUGCCAGGUACUACGGCGUGGUGACGCCGGCCAGGCGCCACUCAUUUCCGAGAACCAACCGGUGCAAGAAACUCUUCACACCCGGCAGUGGACAGAGUUGCUGCUAAAGCCUGACAUCCAGGACUACCUGCAACAUCACUGCCCUCUCUGUUUCCAGUGGCUGGCUACCACCACCAGUAUCAAGUAUCACCUGACGAGACAACACUCUGAGUGGACGGAAUGUCAGCCUGCUGCACUCAAGCUUCUCGUCGGCAUACAGUCAUCCAAUGUCGGUACUGCAAGCUUAGCAACAUCAAUAAAGACAGACAUUGGAAGCAAUGCCACGUCCUUCAUAUUUGUGCCUUCCUUAAAGCUAGGCAUGACAGGACAACGGGAGGACCCCAUGGAACUGAAUGCCCAGGACAAGCUCUUGUGGAGCCAAGCGGGACCGGUCAAACGGGAGACAGAGGAGAGCCGCACCGACCAGGUGUUCAACAAACGACAGAGACUGGGAGGCCAGAACAAGGGCAAAGGCAAGAGCGACGGGAAGGGCAAGUUCAAGGGAAAAGGGAGAGGGGGCCAGCACCUACAACGGGAUCAGACCACAGCGGAAACCUGGGCCUACACAGGUGGUUCAGGACCCCUGCUGGACAUUCCGUGGAAUGCCACCAAGGACUUGGUCAGUCCAGCGAGCUCAGAGAUGGAGUGGAUGGAGCAUCGAAUGUCCAAGUUGACCCAGCUUGUUCUCCGACAGGAACAGAUGAUCACGGCGCUGAAUCAAGACAUGGUGCUGCACCUCUUCAUCAGGUCGGGUUCGGAUGGAAUGAUCCCAGCGUUGUGCGACUCAGCAACGAAGUGGCGAACGAUGAAAGAGGAGUCGCCCGAGAAAAUCACCUUUUCCUUGAAGCUGGCCAUGUUCAAGCAAUUGCUCAUCUCCUUGCAUCCGAGGCUCACGGAGACGGGGAAAGAUGCAGAAGCCAUGGAGAGGGCCAAAGGAUUGAACUGGGUGGACGAUCAAAACCAGUGGUGGAAGCACUUGAAGUGGAACAGGACGACCCAGGCGCUGGAAGUGGAUCCCACUCUUCGUCCGAUCCCCACCUCGGAUCUGCUGACACAGCUCGUCAAUGUACGCAAGGCCGUGACCGAGGAAUCUCCGCUGCGGUUCAAGUAG